AUGUGCGAAGACGAUUUAUUCGAAGGCUGGCUGUCGGUCCCUUCCAUGGAAUGUUUGUUGGACUACCAAACCCAGACUCAGCUUGAAGAUGCAUCCCAUCUUGCUAUGGAGCCGGGAAUCCAACAGAGCAACAAUAGAGACCAGACGAAUUUACGUAUGGGAGUCGGAGAAGUCGAUCAAUCGUAUGGGUCGUAUUCCAUGGGCGCCAAUAGCGAAUACCCACUCAUCGCUGCAUCCGCGCAGUCGAAGCCCGAUGCUUCCGCCGCCAAUUGCGCCGCACGAAAGAGACGUGGCCACACCAAAUCACGUCUCGGCUGCUUGGGAUGCAAGAAGAGAAAGAUCAAGUGCCAAGAGACAUGGCCAUCUUGCGCCAAUUGCAUCAAGCGUGGAUGUGCUUGUAGCUAUCCAACGGUCUUCAAGUAUACACAGCAUGAUCGUAUCGUUUCCGACGCACUCGGCGACCCUCGUCCGAUCGUCCGACUCUCCGACACUCCAAAGCCGCCAACCUACAAUGCCAACGAUAUGCGUCUUUUCCAUCAUUUUCUCGUGACUGCGCAUCCAAAUAUACCUGCAGAGUAUGAGGAGGUCUGGGUCCGGGAGGUGCCUGCCGUCUCUCAUUAUCACGAGUACUUGAUGCAUGCCAUCCUUGCCAUAGCGGGAUCUCAUCUUGAUCUCCAUAUCGACAAUCCCACAACAAGUCCGGCCCUCAAACACAGGCAGAAAGCAAUAAAGGGGCUCGAAGAAGCAUUUACUCGGUGGCCACCGAAAGCCCAUGAAGCACACGUUAUGCUGGCAACUUCUUAUCUACUCGCAUUCCAGUCAGCUUAUAUUCCUGAUGGUUUCUUGGACCAUGUCCUGUCGCUGAGGGGAUGUGCUUUUCUAUCGCAAACCAUUCUCAGUCAUCAGCUAGAGGGAGUCUUUUCUAUCGAGCCCAACAUGCAUGGAGCAUGUGCCGAGUGGAAAAUGGAGAACUUCCCGGCUCUCGACCAGCAGCUCGCCAGCGAUGGGCUACAUUCCAUAUCCCGAAUCGCACUUCGUCUAGCAACGUAUAGCACACACAAGAUCGAAAGAGCACUCAUCACCCAAUUAGCCGAGUGCAUCCGUCCGCUUUUAGUCCCACUUGGCCGACCCGGACUAUCGCCAUCGUCUGCACCGGCUGUCACGGCGGGAUCUGACAUGCUUGCGGCUGCUUUUCUCGGAAAACCAUUCGAGGACCUUCUUCUACGCUCCGAACCAGCCGUACAGUUCGAGGAGAUUUCGUGGGACACGAUCACAGAGGUCCCUCCAGACCGUAAGCCCGAGCCCUUGAGCUCCUUCAACGCCCUAAUUGCCAGCGCCGUUAUCAUCUCCACAUGGCCACAUGAAGAGGUUCUACGGUUGUUCUCGCCAUCCAAUGUCCUCGGCAGCAUUGUCCUGGCGCAUUUUUGCUGCGUCCGAUUCGUCAUCGCGCCACUAUCUGUUCCCGAACCUGUGAAGCGAGCUCCCAUGAAGGCAUUGGUGGAGUGGAUGGAGAAGAUUCUCGAUGCCGUGGAGGAUGACGAUGAGGUACAAUGGACAAAGUAUGUGGAGUGGCCUCAGAAGAUCUUGACAACUAUACGAUAUUGUCUCAACCAAAAACGGAAUCUCACAUUUGGGGAUCUUCAUGACAUUCUGAUCAAUGACCCCGCGGUGUUCAGGGAGGGACGGCUGAAGGAGUUAUGA